AUGUACGUCGAGAACUGCCAUUGCUCUAGAGGAAAUCUGACCACUACGGACGACGACGAGGAGAUUCAACAGUUCUUCGUCGUAAACCGAAGUGUGUCUCGAAGACCGUCGAACGUAAGCUGCACAUCUCGUGUCAGCCACAAAAGCAAUCGAAGCACUCCAAGAAGUGGCGGAAGUCGUUCUAAGCGGGCCACUCCGCUUAGUGGUGUCAGCUGUUGCUCUCACCAUUCUCAUCAUUCGCAGCAGACUUAUCGGGGUCGAGGAGGUCACGAAUCACCAUCAUUUCUACACGAUAGCGGUUCAAAUGCCACCAUUUCUAACUUUAACAUCAAUCCAGCACGAUUUCAAUGCAGCUACUAUACUACAGCCGACGAAAGCGAAAACUCCUACUGCUCCAUAAGUGGAGAAAACAUACGACAGAUACAGGCCCAAACGCAGAUACAAACAGCACUAGAAAUGAAACAAAAAGAGGAUGAGAAACGGCACAUGAUGGGGCCAAAGUCAAGACUGCAGCCGCUACCAUUGCCACCGCUACAACCAGGUGACGGUAGCGACUACAAUGACAGCCAACAAGACGCUAGCAUAACCGGUUCCAUCCUGUCGAUCAUUGAGAGUACAUCCAGUGAUCAACCGGGUGAAUCAACAACGACCAGCACUACAACAUCCACCACGCAGCGACAGCUGCAACUAGUCGGCGAACGAGGGGCAAAAAACGGCAAUUCGGGCAGUCAGAUGAUUCUUACACCGUCCAAAAUAACGAUUGAAAAUAUUGGCCAACUGUCCGAAAUUGCGGCCAACGAUUAUGAGUUCGACGAUAUCGACGUUAACAUUCCAGAAGUAUUCCACUCUCCGUCGAGAAUCAAAUGGAAUUUUCUAGCCGGUCUGGACGAAAACAAAUCCAACAAAUCCAGAAUCAGUUCAAUAUCGAGUUUGGUAGAUGCCGGAAGCAGUGGUCGCGGCCGAAGUGGAACGGAAUCAGGUGGAGCAGACGUAAGCGAGACGGCUAGUGAAAGGCGUCGCGACGACAGCAGCGACAAUGACUAUAGCCCGAAUUGUAUCCAAGAACAACCGUUGCCACCAAUACCAGCUGCUAUUCAAAGUAGUUCAUCCAGCUGUAAGAUAGAAGAAUUGCUCAAGAAAUCAUCGCCAUCAGCAUCGUCCGAUUUCAAAACUGUUUCUAUUUGGCGAGCGGAGAAUGACGACGAAGCGAAUGCAAUAAUUUUCCAUCAUGAGAGUGAAAUAGUCGAAAACUGUUGCACAAAUCAUUUUUUAGACCAUAGUAAUUACGAUAUAUGCACGGUAGAUAACUGCGACUAUCUGAUCAAAACCAGUGAUACACCAAAGAGUAGCCGAAAAAAUAGCAUGAGUAAGAGCGAAGAACGUUUGAACAACUCUGUGGCACUGUCGUGUUCCGCUGGAAACAAACUGGAACUGAAGCAAAGGAACAUUUUUACUUCAACGCUAUCGACCAGCACUACACCACCGAAUGUGUAUUCCAUAAUAUCUCCGGAUUUAAAACGAUUCGAAAAGCAAACGAACCUCACGAGGAACUCGGUCAAUCUCAGCCAAAACCUUUCGUCGCCAUCGUCUACGUCAUCUUCAUCCAUUUUUCUGGGCAGCUACAAUCAAACCUAUCGCAACAUCAAUCAAAACACCAGCGAAGAUAAGCUGUUGAACACGUCAUCAUCCAGGUCCCGGUUGAACACAACUCGCUCGACGACCAGCAUUAACAACAACAACACCUUGGAUGUCAACGUAGACAAUCGACAGCGUUUAGGAAGUUCCGUAUCCCUCAACCUGCAGCAGGCUCCAUUCAGUAUAAGCGCUUCGUCGGCUACAGCAGCAGCUGCCUCUCAGUUCUACAACAAGUCCUACCACAUCAACCUAACAGCACAGAACCGUCUAUACUUCCAUGCGUACUCGAAUCUCGUACGGGAGCAAGAACAAUGCCAGCAUCAUUCACCAUCACCUGCGCAGUCGGAUGAGCAGUCCAACGGACAACAGCCACAGCCCUGUGCCCAGUGUCAGGAGCUGUACGGUUGUCCGCUGUACUACAGUAGCAACGCAACCAAUGAAGAAAGUGCCGGAGGUACAGGAGCCUUCAAUGAUGCCACCACUACCAGUAGCAGUGCUAGUCUAACUGGGUCCGGAAGCGGUCGGCGAGGUGCCCGCACUGGAUCAGCCCGCUGGCGCCGGAACGUAAGUCACUCGCUACGCAUCCACGGCUUGGUGCGGGUCGUUCGGACCAGGGCUCGCAAGUGCGCCGACUACAUCCGCCAGAAGGAACAGCAAACCAACAAUCGUUUUCAUCGGCGAAAGUAG